UUUUUCUGCAUCUGCUGGAGAUAAGAUAUGGCGCUAAAGUACUUGUGGCCAUCUCCAUUUUGGUUUCACGCACCCAAUUAUGACACUCUCCCCCCUUUAGCCUCUCCUCAAACUCAAAUUCAACCCACAAGAAGAGCCCUAAUAAACUCUGCUCUCAUCUUCUCCAUCUCUACCACUCCACUUACAGCCACUGCUUCUUCAAGCAAGAAUGAGUUCCUUGAGCUCCCAAAUUCUGGCGGAGUCAAGGCUUUAGACCUUCGUCUUGGUUCUGGUUCACAGCUCCCUAUCGAUGGUGACCAUGUCGCAAUCCAUUACUAUGCAAGAUUAGCAGCUAAACAAGGCUGGCGAUUUGAUUCCACAUAUGAUCAUAAGGAUAAUUCUGGUGAACCUAUUCCUUUUACGUUUCUUCUUGGCUCGCCAAAUGUGAUUUCGGGGAUACAAAUGGCUGUAAGAUCAAUGAAAGCGGGCGGAAUUCGUAGAGUCGUUAUUCCGCCAUCACAAGGAUAUCAAAACAUAACCCAACAGCCUUUGCCACCUGAUUAUUUUGACAGGCAGAGGCUUUUUACUACUAUUUUCAAUCCAACGCGUCUCGCCAACGGAGAAGGUUCUACGUUGGGUACUCUCAUCUUCGACAUCGAGCUUCUCAGCUUCAGGCAUAACUGAUGCCAAUGAACUCUUCUGAGGAUGAACUCACUAAGCACCGGUUUCAGGCUUACGUUGGUGGUGGUCUUAUGAGCUUGUUUGAGGUUAUUGAUAGUAAUUUAGUUUUGAUGUGCACAUAGUAGAGGUAGAUUGUUGGAUAAUACUGUAAGAAAAUGACUGUAAUUGCAAAGAUGAGUCCUAUUAGUGUCGCUUUUAAAUAAGGAAGAUCUUAUCCAUUUGUGUUGUUUGAUCGAAUUCUAUAUUAUCUAAAUUCUCUUUUUGAUA